AUGUCGUCCGGCUUCCUGUCCAACGUCAUCUACAAGCCCGUCGUGUACCCGCGCAACGUCACCGUGGGCAACUACCUCUACUUUGUCGUCGCACCGACGUUUGUGUACGAGACGUCCUACCCGCGCACCACCCAGAUCCGCAAGAUGUACGUCGCGUGGCACUCGCUGCAGGCGUGCGCGUGCGCGGCCGUGCAGUACGUCCUGCUCAUGCAGUUCUACAUCCCCACGCUGCGCAACUCGGUGCCGCCGCAGCGCAACCUCUGGUUCUUCUGCAUGAAGCUGGCCCUGCCGUCCUUCAUCAUGUGGCUGCUCUUCUUUUGGGGCUUCUUCCACUGCGGGCUCAACGUCAUUGCCGAGCUCACGCGCUUCGCCGACCGCGAGUUCUACCGCGAGUGGUGGAACUCCACCACGCUCAACCACUUCUGGCGCACCUGGAACGUCCUCGUGCACGAGUGGUGCGUGCGCCACCUGUACAUCGAGUCGCGCAGGCACAACGUCAAGCCCAGCACGGCUGCCUUCGGCACCUUCUUCAUGUCGGCCGUCCUGCACGAGUACGUCUGCAUGAUCGGCUUCCGCAUGCUCCGCCCGUACAUGUUCCUCGGCAUGAUGCUGCAGGUCCCGCUCAUGAAGUUGUCCAACCGCUGGGCCGGCACCCGCAAGGGCAACAUGCUCAUGUGGCUCAUGAUCUUCGUCGGACAGCCCGUCGUCGUGCUGAUGUAUGCCAGGGACUAUGUCGCAAAGUGGGGCUCGCUCAUGUGCAAUGAGACGUGACGGUGGUGAAGGAGGGAGAGGGGGGGGGGGGGAGGGAAGGGUUGAGUGAAAGGAAAUGGGAUACAGAAAACAGGGUGGGAAGAGGUAAGAUAAGGAAGGGAGGGCUGGGAGGAAGGGCUGGGAGGAAGGGAAGAGAGGGGGGAGGGCGGUCGGUGUACAGAAUACUGUAGUACAGUUAUCGUAACGGUCGGGGCGGGGAGCCCCCCGCCGGGGGGGAAUUUGUGUGAUUAAUUUUUCUUGUUUGUACGGAAUGGCGGUUGAAAAGAGAGCAGCAUAGCGGCACACAGGCAGGCGCGUCCAGGCUUUGGUACCCUUCGGUAAAGUACCCAACGGUACCGGGAAUGGGAA